UUCUGGCAGGGUCCCCGAAGAGUUCGCUGUUCCGCAGAAAAAGCCGCUUUUUAUCCUCCAAACCCUUCUAUUUUGUUAGUAUUUAGUCUUUCCUUCGCCUUGUCGGCAGGGCCGAAUCGGAAACCUCGGGGCCCCACCACCAUUCCUCGAGUUCGAAAUAGAGAAAGGAAAGAAAAGCCCGAAAAAAGAGUGCGAAAUUCUCGCCUUCUCGUACGAAUCUUCGAUUCCCACAGGAAAUUCGCGUGUUUUCUUGUUUGAAUCGAUCGAGAUUGUGAUUUCGAUCUGAAAUCAGUUCAAAGAUUGGAUUUUUCGAUUGGGUUUUGAUUGUUUCGGCUCUUGGUCUCGUGAAUCCAAAAAACGAAGCAGAAAAGGAGUCGUAAGAUCAGAUAACAGGGGAUUGGAUCGAAAGAGAGAUGUCAGCUGCUGGGGUCUUCGUCUCCGAUCCCUGGCUCCAGAGCCAAUUCACGCAGGUGGAGCUUCGAGGUCUUAAAUCCAAAUUUCUUUCCGCGAAGGAGUCGGGUCUCGUGAAGGUGAGGGAUCUGCCACCGGUGAUGGGAAAGUUGAAGGGUCUCAAUGAGUUGCUUAACGAGGAAGAAAUUACGGCGAUCUUGGGCGAGUCAUAUCCUGACACCGGCCAAGAGAUAGACUUCGAAUCAUUCCUUCGGGCAUACUUGGAUCUACAAGCAAAGGCAGCAGCCAAAUUGGGCAGCACGAAGAAUUCAUCGUCGUUCUUGAAGGCAACCACCACGACACUCCUUCACACCAUCAACGAAUCAGAGAAGUCAUCCUAUGUGACACAUAUCAACAGUUAUCUUGGGGAGGAUCCAUUUCUGAAGAAGUAUCUGCCUCUGGACCCUGCCUCUAAUGAUCUGUUCAACCUUGUGAGGGAUGGUGUCCUCCUCUGUAAAUUGAUCAAUGUGGCGGUGCCGGGAACAAUAGAUGAGAGGGCAAUUAAUAAAAAACGAGUACUGAAUCCAUGGGAGAGGAAUGAGAAUCAUACUCUUUGCCUCAAUUCUGCGAAGGCAAUUGGAUGCACAGUGGUCAACAUUGGAACUCAGGACCUGGUUGAAGGGAGGCCUCAUUUGGUACUUGGGUUGAUAUCUCAAAUGAUAAAGAUACAACUAUUGGCUGAUCUUAACCUCAAGAAAACACCUCAGCUGCUGGAGUUGGUGGAUGACAGCCAGGAUGUGGAGGAGCUGAUGAGCUUAGCACCAGAAAAAAUGCUAUUGAAAUGGAUGAAUUUUCAUCUCAAGAAAGCAGGGUACAAGAAAACAGUAUCAAAUUUUUCUUCCGAUCUUAAGGAUGGAGAGGCUUAUGCUUACCUUCUCAAUACUCUUGCUCCUGAGCAUUGUAGCACAGCCACCUUGGAAACCAAGGAUCCUAAUGCAAGGGCAAAAAUGGUACUUGACCAAGCAGAGAAGUUGGAUUGCAAAAGAUACUUAUCUCCAAAGGACAUUGUUGAAGGCUCUCCUAAUCUGAAUCUUGCAUUUGUAGCACAAAUAUUCCAGCACAGGAAUGGUUUAUCCACAGACAGCAAGAAGAUGUCCCUUGCAGAGAUGACGCCUGAUGAUAUCCAAGUAUCUAGAGAAGAAAAAGCCUUCCGGUUGUGGAUCAACAGUCUUGGAAUUGCGACAUAUGUUAAUAAUUUGUUUGAGGACGUCAGAAAUGGAUGGGUUCUUUUGGAAGUACUUGAUAAAGUGUCUCCUGGAUCAGUUAAUUGGAAGCAGGCAACAAAGCCUCCCAUCAAGAUGCCAUUCAGAAAAGUGGAAAACUGCAAUCAAGUUAUAAAGAUCGGAAAAGGGUUGAAUUUUUCACUAGUAAAUGUAGCUGGGAAUGACAUUGUGCAAGGAAAUAAGAAGCUCAUUCUGGCCUACUUGUGGCAGUUAAUGAGAUUCAGUAUUCUUCAGCUACUGAAGAACUUGAGAUGCCACUCCCAAGGAAAAGAGAUAUCAGAUGCUGAUAUCCUAAAUUGGGCCAAUAAUAAAGUGAAGAAAUCAGGCAAAACCACUCAAAUAGAAAGUUUUAAGGACAAAAGCCUAUCAAAUGGAAUAUUUUUCCUUGAGCUUCUUAGUGCUGUCAAGCCAAGGGUUAUAAACUGGAAACUGGUUACGAAGGGUGAAGAUGAUGAACAGAAGAAGUUAAAUGCUCAAUAUAUAAUCAGUGUUGCGAGAAAGCUUGGAUGUUCCAUCUUUUUGUUGCCUGAGGACAUAAUGGAGGUAAACCAGAAGAUGAUCCUUACACUAACUGCAAGCAUCAUGUACUGGAGUCUGCAGCAACCUGCAGCAAACUCUGAAGCACCCUCGGAAACUGCAGAGUCCGCUGUGAUGUCUGAGCCAUCCACUGAGGAUGCUGCCUCAGAGAAAUCUCCCUCAGACAAAGAAGAUGAAAGUGUUGUUGCAGACAGCAUUUCAAACUUGAGUGUUGAUGAUGCAACUUCAGACACCUCACAAAUUGAAAAUGGCAAUGAUACUAUUAAAGAGUGACUCAUAAACUCAGUCCAUCCAAAGAUAAGCAAAGUUAAAAAGGGAAGCACAUCUAGUAUUUUGGUAGAAAAAACUUCUAUAGAUCCACAGUACCAUAUAGCAGCAUGCUUUUUUACAUAUCAAAGUGGUUAUAUCAAAAGAAAAAUGUUUUUGCUUUUUAAUUUCUCAUUUGAGGAGGAAAAGAAAAUAAUAGGUAUGAGAAUGUGUUUAUAGGUUUUUCAAUUCUGGUAUAGGUAUUCUUUGACAAUUGAAUUUUGUUCAUCUUGUUGAAUAAAUAAUUCAAAAGGAGUGGCAUUGUUUGGGCAGAUGUGGGUGAGGACAGUUUCUUUACAUGUAAUUUUUUUUUAUAAAUGAUUUCUUGUAUGGUUUAGGUUGCCAGAGAAUGUUACUCUUUUAUUAUUUACAAAUGUAGACUGAACGUGUGUUUUUUUC